UGCAGUUGAGAGGCUGCAGACGAAUAGGAGAGAUCUGAGAAUCGAGUGCUCGUGUGAGAUUUAGAUCAAGCCGUGAAGAACUAGAAGCCUAGCAACCAGUCGUCCUCCUGUCUCCAGCUUGCAGGCGCAGGUGAAUCCUCUUUGUCUGGCCACCUCUGAUAUGACACUUUUCAAGAGUGAAUAUUGCAGCCCACAAUAUAUGAGCAUGACCGGAGAGCUGAACUCGAGCCGCUCAAAGGUGGGGGGCGUCAAGAGGCCAAGCAGUGCUGUGUACGGAUCAGAGUAUGAGGUGGACUACGACUGCUACCAGGAGGAGCUGUAUGACAGGGUCUUUGAUUACCAGCGCGUCCCAUCAGCAGUCCCUUCGCUGCAGCACAGUUCCAGCCUGUACAAGAGAGCCCGAUCGUCUUCUUCCAGGCAGAGACGCAGCCGAGAGCGCUCGUUCUCCAAAAGCUCCAGACCCCAUUCCUCCAGCAAAGCCAAGUUGAAAAUGGAGGAGCUGCAGACUAUAAAGCAUGAGUUGACCCUGAUAAAGGUUCAGAUCGAUGGACUACUGGACAGUCUGGACAGGAUGGACAGACAAAGGCAGGAACACACAGAUUCUCCUUGUUCUCAAGGUGGAAGCUUGGGAGGUUCACCAUACCAUCCAUCAGGCAGCAGUCGAGAGGGAUCUCCCAAGAGUCCCAGUCCACGAUUCCGUGCCCAGAGAGACACUCCUGAGCUGGGGGAGGCCAGUGAUGAUGAACCACACAUGGUCACUCUGACACGCACAGCCUGCUCUCUGUCUCUCUAA